CCGGGGCUCCCUUCCCGGGAGGGGGCCAGGGAGGCGGGCGCGGCGGUUACCUCAUCGCCGCCUCCCUCCCGGAGCCCUGCUCGCUCGCGUUCUCACUCGCGCCACCGGCUGGGGCGGGACAAGGACGGAGGCCCGAGACGCCGGCCGCGCCGCGCGGAGCUCGGAGCUCGGAGCUCGGGGCCGCGCUGCGGGCGGAGGCGGCGUCUGCGCACGGCGCCGGCUCUCUACUCCCACCCCGAGCCUCGCCGCGUCCGCACCGGCUCGAGCUGCUGGCGCGUCCGCCACCGGCUGCACGGCCGCCGCCAGCCCCGUCCUCCGGCCUCAGGUGUCGCGGGGGCCGACGAGGAGCGCGGCGGGGCCGGGGGCACCGGGCAGGGCGCGCGGCGGGGCGCACGAGGCGCCGCACCGGCCCAUGAGGCUCCCGGGCGCGGGGCGCGGCAGCGCGGGCCGGCCAUGGGGGGCAGCCUGCGGGUGGCAGUUCUCGGCGCCCCGGGAGUGGGCAAGACGGCCAUCAUCCGCCAGUUCCUGUUCGGUGACUAUCCUGAGCGCCACCGGCCCACGGACGGCCCCCACCUCUACCGGCCCGCGGUGCUGCUCGACGGCGCGGUCUACGACCUGAGCAUCCGGGACGGGGACGUGGCUGGCCCGGGCCCCAGCCCCGGAGGCCAUGAGGACCCUAAGGACUGGAGCCUGCAGGACACGGACGCCUUCGUGCUGGUCUACGAUAUCUGCAGCCCGGACAGCUUCGAUUACGUGAAGGCCCUGCGGCAGCGCAUCGCGGAGAACAGGCCGGCGGGCGCACCCGAGGCUCCCAUCCUGGUGGUUGGCAACAAGCGGGACCGGCAGCGACUACGCUUCGGACCUCGGCGUGCGCUGGCCGCCCUGGUGCGCCGGGGAUGGCGCUGCGGCUACCUCGAGUGCUCCGCCAAGUACAACUGGCACGUGCUACGUCUCUUCCGCGAGCUCCUGCGCUGCGCUCUGGUGCGCGCGCGCCCUGCGCAUCCGGCCCUGCGCCUGCAGGGGGCACUGCAUCCGGCGCGCUGCAGCCUCAUGUGAGCGGGCGGGGAAACCUCCUCCCCUAUUGGACAGUCAGAGUCCCGCCCCGUCUCCUAGGCAACAGGCUUUUCUUUGAACUUCAUUGGACCCGGCCAGACCUAGGCCCCAUUGGAUAAGAUCACUGGGACUUUAUUUGGUUGCUACCCCGAUGAUGUUAAAGACGAGACUACGAAUGUGAUUACAAGCACUCAGACUGCUCCAGGAGCUUCUUUGGAUGCAUUUUUUAAGCCACGCCUCUCACGAGGU